GGCAUCGCAAGCGGCUUGACGCAGGCACAAGGCUACUCGCAUUGCCAUUCGGCCAUGUCUCCUCUCGUCUGGGAUCUCCGUGUCAUGCAGCCUCCGUCGGCUCGGACAUGUCCAGGCCCGAGCAUGUACCGCCGGGGAGAGGCCUCUCCAGGCGUCCGUCUCGGCGCAGCGCACUCCAGUCCGUCGUAAUUGAGGCAGGUGCAGCCUCUCGCUCGCGCAACUAUAAGAAGGCCCCCGCUCGAAAUGCUCAGCGACUCAUCAUCAUCACCCUCGCCUCCGCCUCCCUCUCGCAAUGGUCUUCAAAGCCGCCCUCACUCUCCUCUCGCUCGCCGCCUCGGCAACGCUCAGCAAUGCCGUCAACUUUGGCGCCACCGGCUACGUCGAUGUGGCCGUGUACGGCGGCACUCCCGACGGCAAGGCCGCUGGCAUUCUGUAUGGCGUGCCGAACCAGGUCGCGUACGACCCCAACACCGCACCCUCGUUCCCUGAUAGCCUGGCCACCGACGCCGGCAUCACCUACGUGCGCACCGGCGGCGCGCAGACGCCCUACCCGGGGUGGGGCAUGCAAGCGAACCGUGGCAACUACCAGGGCUACGAGAAGCGCUUCGCCAGCUCGCUCGAGAACUACCGCUCGGCGAGACGCUGGGGUGCUAAGGUCGUCCUGCUGCCGCACGACAUCUGGGGCGGCGACGCCUACGCGGACCUGCAGAAGGGCGAGUGGCCCUGCGACAACGGCGACUGCUCCGAGUACGGCCGCUUCCUCGACCGUCUGAUUGCCGACCUCAAGUCGAACAGCAUGGUCGAGGGCCUGGCGAUUGACAUUUGGAACGAGCCUGACGGAUACGGCUUCUGGCCCCGCAGCCAGGACCAGUUCCACCAGAUGUACAGCUUCUCCUUCAACAAGUUCCGCUCUGCCUUCCCGACGUCGAGCGGCGUGCUGCUGCAGGGUCCCGCGACCGAGCAGCCUCCGGGCGCCAACAACGGCUGGUGGCAGGCGCACGGCGCCUACCUGCAGAAGAACCCGUCGGUCAUUCCCGACGUCUACUCCUACCACGCCCUCAUCGGCCGCUACGCCGCCGACUGCGGCAACGACCCCGUGACGAUGCAGCAGGACUUCGACGCGCUGCGCGGCAAGUACGGCCUGCCGAUCCGCCCGGUGCAGAUCAACGAGUUUGCGUACAAGGACGAGCAGACGCCCGGGUACUACGCAUGGUUCAUUUCUCGUCUGGAGCGCGUGGGCGUGUCGGGUCUGCGUGCCAACUGGGGCUCGCGCGUGGGCCUGCACAACGACCUGGCGCGCCUGCUGCUGCCGUCGAGCGACGGCAAGAGCUGGAGCAAGCUGGGCGAGUGGCACGUGGCGCAGUACUACCGCAAGACGCAGACGGGCAAGAUCACGCUCGCGGGCGCCGCGGGCAGCAAGUGCUUCGACCUCUACGUCACGCAGGACCGCUCCGCGGGCCGCGUCAACAUCCUGGCCGGCGUGCGCGGACAGGAGGGCCCCUAUCCCAUCAACGUCAAGAACGUGCGCAACAUGCCGCAGUUUGCCAACCUCAACGCUCUCCGCGCCACGAUCAAGGAGAUUCCGUUCAACAACCUCGGCGCCGUGUCGGCGCCGACGAUCCUGCAGAACGCCGCCUCGGUGCCCAUCGACGGCAACGGCUGGGUCAACUUCAACCUCACGCUGAAGCUCGACUCGGCGUACACGAUUGACCUCUUCGCCUGAGACACUGCUGCGCCGA